GGCGGGGGGGCUCGGGGAGAGCGCGUCACUCAGGUUUUCCUGGCUGCCAGUCUCCCAGCGUCCCCAGCUUUCCAGGUAGGGACGCCCCCUCCCACGCAGCGCGGUUCGGUCGGGUGGGAAGGAGGGGCUGGCCUCCGAGCGCCCGCCCCUCCAUCUAUCACAUGGCCGGAGAGCCACAAAAACAACAGCUUUGGCCAAGACCGUGACUUCAGGAAAGGAAACCCGGGGCUCUCGCAGCCGGCCCCCACCCCAUGGAGGAGAGUUUUCUUGAAUCCUUUGGGAGGCUGAGCCUCCAGCAGCAGCAGCAGCAGCAACCUCGGCCGCCGGCCCCGCCGCCCCCGCGUGGGACACCUCCGCGCCGCCACAGCUUUAGGAAACAUCUCUACCUCCUGCGAGGCCUCCCGGGCUCGGGGAAAACUACACUGGCCAGGGAGGAAGAAUAUACAGUGCGAUAUGUGUUUAUAAUUACUUGGUGGAAAGGCUGCCCAGCUAUACAGGAGAUUCUCCACCAUCGUAGUCCUGGAGCCAUUGGGAAAGUAGAAGAACACGCUGCUGAAUUGGACCAAGAUAAUAUUGCAGGAUCUCUAUGGCAUCAUGUGUAUGACUUGGGGAGAAGGCUAUCUGGUUUUAUCAAGUCUCCUAGGUACUUGAGAAUAAUUACUGAACGAAACAAAGAUCGUGCCCUCAUGGACCUUGUAUGCCACAGACAAUUGCAACACGACUUUCCCAGGGCUCUGAUUUUCAGCACGGAUGAUUUUUUCUUCAGGGAAGACGGUGCCUAUGAGUUCAAUCCUGACUUCCUGGAGGAAGCACAUGAAUGGAACCAGAAAAGAGCCAGAAAAGCAAUGAGGAAUGGCAUAUCCCCCAUUAUUAUUGAUAAUACCAACCUCCACGCCUGGGAAAUGAAGCCCUAUGCAGUCAUGGCACUUGAAAAUAACUAUGAAGUUAUAUUCCGAGAACCUGACACUCGCUGGAAAUUCAACGUUCAAGAGUUAGCAAGAAGGAACAUUCAUGGAGUCCCAAGAGAAAAAAUACACCGGAUGAAGGAACGGUAUGAACACGAUGUUACCUUUCACAGUGUGCUUCAUGCGGAAAAGCCAAGCAGAAUGAACAGAAACCAGGACAGGAAUAACCCAUCACCUUCCGACGGCGCAGGAUACUGGAAUCCCUGCGCGGAGUUUCCCACCCGGAGGGCUCAUGGGGGCUUCACAAACGAGAGCUCCUUUAACAGAAGAGGCGGCUGUCACCAUGGAUAUUAGAGGCCUAUCGUACAGGCAUUCACAAUUUUCCUAAAUCAGUUUUUACCGCAACUUUUGGUAUUUAUUCUUUGUUCAGUUUUAGCCAGAGCUCUAAUUCCCGUGUAAAUAGUCGGACCUGAAAGUUUUUCAGAAGUCAUUAUAUUCAUUUUCAACAAGCACUUGUUAAAAGUGAUCCUCUAUGCAUGGUCUGAUGCUGGAAUUCGGAUUUGAUUAAACAAAGUCACUUUCUCUAGGGAACCAAUUGGAAACGGAACCCUGAAAACGUACCCAGUCACAUAAGUUCAAUAUACAGAAGCUUCAGUACCACUUCCUCUGAAGUAAUCUAUUUUUCCAGAAAACCCAUCUCCAUCAGGAAGGUUGGAAAGGUGGGGGAGAAGUGGGAGACAGGAAAAUGUUAGUGCCAUUGCUACUUUGAUAAGCCGUGUAUCCAAAAAAUGUGAGAUGUGUGGCUGUCACGAUGAGAGUGGUUUUCCUCUAAAAUGCAUAUGCUAGAGAGCAUACAUCUAAGGGAAUAUCGUCCUUCAAAGUAGACUCUUUGGGAAAUUAUCCCUUUAUUCUCGUGAUGUGUCAUUGUUAAAAAGUUUUUUGGAUCCUUCUUGAUAGCUCUAAAAGCUACUGAGGAAAACCAGUGUCAUUAUUUAAAGUCAUAUCUUGUGUUUUAACUACCACUGUAUCGAAUAGGAUUAAACCUGAUGAACUUUAUGGCUGUUGUGCCAAUAGUGGAAAUUAAAGAAGCCUGACUUUAUAAAACACCAGUUUUUAAGAGGAAAAAAUUAAGCAGUUUUUAGACAUGGGCAUAAUCAGUUGGCUGCCCAAAUGUUUGGGAACACAAGAAUUAAGCAUCCCAAGAUAUAAAUCAUAUAGGGAUACGUAAAAGUCGUGCUCAUUGCAAGAUGAGCAGUCUUGGCGAUUUAUGUGGCAUUAAGACAAUAAAGUUCUACCACAACUCUGGGAUGUCCCUCUUAAACCAAUACUGAAUUUAUGAUUCCAAAUCAAGUCUCCACAGGUUAGAAUCAGAUUAAUUUGGUGUGAGACCAUGAUAGAUAAGAUCACGUAGGAUGUAUGCUUUAUUUCUUGUUGGCCAACAGCUUCUUUAUAAUGUUCUGUGAAAUAUUAUUUUAAGUGUCCUAUAUAAUGGUGCUUUUAUGGUUAUUAAAAAUUAUCUAUGGUAUUGCUUUAUAUGAAUUUGUCAUUGAAUCUAGACUGCUUUAAUGAUAUAAAAAAAUUAAUUGCCUAAAUUCCAUAGAAUUCUACCCUAUUAAGAACCAGUUUUUCUAUAUCAUAAACUUAUUUACCAGUCUUCUUUAGUAAAUAGGAGACAUAAAGACAAAAGCAACCUUGCAUUUUACAUGCUUAUAUAAAUUAUUUGAUCUGCAUACAUUGGAAAGACUAUUACUUUAGCAUUUUAAUACCUGACACUAUUGACAUCUUAUGGCUUUUUAUUCACCUUGUCUGAGUAACCACUCUGAUAUGGCCCCAGGUUUAGAUCCAGAGCUUUUAAAGAGCUCAGGAGAGUAAUUUCCCUAUUUGUCUCUUUUUUCCCCUGGAUGACUCCUGAAAUACUUGGUUUGGAAGCAUAAACAUAAUUGAUUAAAUGCUGCCAACUUUGUCCCAGCUAGAAGUGAUUUAUUUUUUCUCUCAGUUCCCAAGUUUCCUGAUUUAUGUAAUUUUUUGAACACUCAACUUUAACCUGUAGUUUUGUAUUAUUAACGUUUGUAUCGUUCACAGAGCCGGCAUAGUGCUUUACGUACAAGAUAGGGUCUCGUUAAGUAAUUGUUGAGUAACACAAACUGCUUUUACCAUUAUCCCUAAUCCUAUGGUGUACAUUCUUGACUUUGUAAUCAUUGUCACUUCUUAGGGGAUAAUAUCCGCAUAUACUUAAGCUUCAUAUUUUGCUUAUAUAGCUUCCUAUAUUUUUUACAAUGUGUAAAAAAGGAGUGUGUGCAUGAGAUCUCUCUAUAAUGUGUGGUCUAAAUGGUAAGGAAGAAUAGAGGACGUAGUAGCAGUUCAGGUUAGAUUCUUCUAAUUCUUUUUUGUUCACCUGAGACUCCAGUUUUAUUCCCUGUUCUAGAGUGGAUCACUUGGAAAAUGAUUAGGAUGGGAAGACCAAAUUGUUUUACGAACAAAAUUUAAAUCAUGUAUUAACAAGACUGGCAGAACACUUGAGUUAAAAAGAACUGCAGAAUGGAUUAUUGUUAUGUUAAUUUUUAGAGGAGCGGAAAAUCAUGGAUCACAGUUAUGAAAGAAAAAAUUGCUUUUUAAAAGAUUUAUUCUUGGCUUUGAAA